GACGCGUCCCGUCGACGCCAUGGCCGUGCCAUAGCGCGUCGAUACCACGCUAGAUGAGAGCGCAUGCGCCAACACAAAACGCAUGUGCGCCGCACCAGCUCUAUUGCUCGACGUACUGAGCCAGGCACGCAAACUUGCGACACGCGCUCCUAUGUCGCAUAAUUGAUCCUCCAUUCGAUACUGACAUUGAACGGCCGAUGUGCGACGGCCGACCGGUCGAUUACCAGUUAUUAACUUACGGCUACCGCGAUAACGUGUUUCCGCACGGCUCGAUCCUAAACGCGUCCGAUCAGCUGGACAGCGUCGAGCUAGUAUGCCCUCGUUCUGUGUGAAAGAAGAAUCAGUUAUGGUUUGUGUUGUGGCGUAAAAAGUGCAGUGUCAGUGUGCGAGAAUAAACAUGGAUAUAACGAAGGAAAGAUCGACAGGAUUAGAGGAGUUCGAGGAAGAUGUCUUGACGUCGCGACGUUGCAUGUUAGACGAUUUGCAGCUCGCAGCAGAGCUCGGGAAGACAUUACUCGAAAGGAACAAAGAAUUGGAAACAGCUCUUCGCCAACACCAAAAUAUAAUCGAGGAUCAAACUCAGGAGAUUGAGUACCUAACAAAACAAACGGUCGCGCUUAGAGAGGUGAACGACUCGAGAUUGAGGAUCUACGAACAGCUCGAGGUCAGCAUCCAGGAGUUAGAGCGUGCCAACCACAGAUUAGCUGUCGACCAUGCGGGGGACAAGAAACACAUUAAGACGUUGUGCUCGAACAUCGAGACGUUGGAGGGCAAAUGCGAGGAACUACAAAAGACUGUUGAUGAUCUGAACGCCCAACUAGAGAUCUACAGGCGAAGGGCGGAACGGAAAACUGAAAGCGAAAAACCCAAAGAAAAAGAAAAGGUCGUGGAACCAAUACUUAAUUGCAAGAAACCAGAAGUAAAUAGUACACCGAAACCGGUAGCACCUCUCCCAGAACUGACUAAAGAGGAUGAGGAUUUACUAAGAUUAAGCGAUGAACUAAGAGAGAGUAAGGUUUCCUUCGCUCAAGAACAGAGGCGAGUCACAGAACUGGAGGAACAGUUGGCGUCGAUGGUCCAAGAGAACAACAGACUACAGGACCAGUUAAGGAAUUUGCACCUGAGGGAUGAUGAACCCAAAUCCAUGCAGGAAGAGUUCUCCAUUCUCGAGGAAGUCAGACAAGGCCAGUUAUGCAUUCGAUGUCUACGGGGCGUUGAGCGUGAUGACAUGUCGUCAAUGCUCGACGGCGAUGAUGACGAUAGAAGCGCAAUCAGUUCCCUAAUCCUACCACCUUCUGGCCAGGACAGUCCUCGAGAAGACCACGUCAACAGCAAAUUGAUUAAAUUCGACAAUGCGAAGGAAAAAUUACUGCAGGGAAUAUGGGCGAACAAAGAAGAUGGUCAUGCGAACCCCUACAGGGAGCUGGUGGAGAAGUACGAAGCCCUCCUUGAAGUGCAGCUAUCGCAAGUGAAGAACGUGAGGAAGAACAAGGAGAACUCCUCACCGAACGCGCAAAACCAGUCCGGUCCGCUGUCGCUUCAGGACGAGCUGCAGACGUCGGGAGACUACAGCCAGUUCAGCGUGAAGGACACCGACGAAGAGAGCGGCCAUGGGGAGGAGGCCCAAAAGGGUGAUAAGCAACAAAAGAAAAUUGAAACCACUUCACGAAAGAAGAUCAUACAGACACCAGAUUUUUCGGAAGCGGAAACUUCCAGCUCCGGUUUCUCAGACGAGACGAGCAACAAAGCCACACAGACGGAGCGCGAGCGACCUGGCUCUUUCCUGUGCACUAUUGCCGACGGGGAAGACUACCGCUUCAGUAUUUACGAUGACGUCAGCCCCAUGGACAGUCGAUUCCGCAACAGGCCUGAAUAUCGCGAACUAUUUAAGGAAAUCUUUACUAUCCUUAAAAAGGCGGCCGAAAACAAAGACGAAGGAGAACAAUUGCCUCUACUUGAUGAUACUACUGCCGGUAAAGUACCACCAGUUACACCGGCGACGGAAGAACCGCCGGGUAACUUCACCGACGACACACAGAGUGUCCUGUCAUCAGUAAUGUCUGAACAAUCAAUUCCAGUUUCCGAUAUUACCACACCAGAAACACCUACAUUAAAAGAAGUUGAAAAGGUUGCGCCUUUUCCUGAGCCUGUUCCUAAGAAAGAACAAGUGAACAACAAGAAAGAAAACAAAGCAAACAAACCAGUGGAAGUCGACACCGAAAAACCUAAAGAUCACGAAAAGGCAAAGAACAAGGAACAAGAAAAAGACAAUGAGAAGGAAAAAGAAAAGGAGAAGGAGAAGGAGCGCGUCCUCACACCGCUGGUGCGCCAGCCGCUGGAAUACAUUGCGGCUACUAGAAAGAAGUCAAGGCAUCGCAACCGCAAACACAGCCAGGAACGCCAGGGCGCUGACUCUCCGGUGUUCCCGUCGCCACCGAAGGUCACCUAUCAAAAGUCAUCGAACAAAAAGAGGCGAGACUACAGACCUAUCGAGGCUAGUCCACUCGUAAGAACGGCAGAGAGCGAAUGGAACGGCGCUACUUUGCAGUUCUAUAAUAGAAACUUAAACUCGCCGACCCCAAGCGCGAGCGGCAGGACCGGCAAGAUCUACCAAGGUUGGAACCCCGAGACAGACUCGUGGGACAUCAAACAGAGCACUGCCUCCCAAGAAAUCCACAAAUUAAGGAAGCUAGAGCUUUCUUACGCUGAAGUACUGAGAAACGCCGACAAAACAAAAUCCAGGCGUAAAAAACAUCAGUAAUUAUUUUUUAAUCGUCGACCCCUCUUGCUCACAGUGAGAGUCGAGAGAUUCAACCGCCAUUUGUCCUUUGCCAACUGGACAUUAUUAUAGUUUAGGAGUAUUUGUGAUCUGCUAUAGUGUAACAUUUCAUUUGUAUUCAACUACGUUCGCUAUCACAAAUUUGCCAUAAGCCACGCCGGUGCGUCAGUGCCGCAGUGUUACAUCGAAAAUAGACCGAAAUACAAUUUUUGUCAUACCGACCCUCCGAUAUUAAUAUAUUCCCAUUUUAAAUGUCUACAAAUUAAAUAUGCAUUUAUAGAAACCAGAGCACCUAUGUAUGUCUCAAUAUGUCAUUAGUGGGGUACUGUUUCCAUGGAAUUGGAGUUUGUGAUUUUUAACCGCGAGUUUUAACACUUAACUCUGUUCUGUUUCUAUUUUAGUCAUUAUUUUAAUUGUAUAAUAUUAUGUAUUUGAAUUCUGAUUUGUAAAUAUGCAUUUUUAAGUUAAUUAUAUUUUUUUAAUUGCCAUCGAUUUCGAGUACUCGUGGUUCCGUGCGGAAUCGUAUGCUGAAGUAUUUAAUGCAGACGGAGAGAAAGAGAGGUCAGAGGUAUAAAAUAAAAAUUUGCAUUGGUAUUA